UGGCCAGCUACAUUACUUUGUCCAAAACCACAACCUUUGUCAAUUUCUUUCUUGUUCGACUCUGCUUCUUUCUCCAACUUCACACACACACACAAAAAAAACAUGGCAAAGGAUAGAACAAUUGGUGUGGCUCUGGAUUUCUCCAAAAGCAGCAAGAAUGCUCUGAAAUGGGCACUUGAGAACUUAGCCGAUAAAGGUGACACCAUUUAUGUCAUUCACAUUAACUCCAACUCUCUAGACGAGUCCCGCAACAAGCUAUGGGCAGAAUCUGGUUCUCCUCUUAUUCCUUUGGUAGAGUUCAGAGAGCCUGAGAUUAUGAAAAAGUAUGAUGUUCAAAUUGAUAUUGAGGUUCUUGAUUUGCUUGACACUGCUUCAAGACAAAAAGAGAUCCACAUUGUUACAAAAAUAUACUGGGGGGAUGCAAGAGAGAAACUUUUGGAUGCUAUUGAAGAUUUGAAGCUGGAUUCGCUGGUUAUGGGAAGCAGGGGCCUCAGCACAAUCCAAAGGAUUAUAUUGGGAAGUGUAAGCAACUUUGUGAUGACCCAUGCCUCUUGCCCUGUGACUAUCGUCAAGGAAACUAGCAAGGAAACUAGCAGCAGCAAGUAAAGAUGAUCAAUUUGGGAGAGAACAUUUAAAUUUCAUAUAUUAUUUUUCUUGCAUUGUACCUGAUCUAGUUGGGCCAUAUUCCCUUUCCUAAGUAUUAUUUUGGUGUCUAAGAUAAAUUUAUGAUUUACUGUACUUUAUAGUUUUCACUCCUUUUUAUUGAGGCAAUAAUUUAAUUUGAGUGCCAUAUAUAAGGCCAUCAGGCCUCCAAAAUUUUAUUGUAGUCAAUGAAUUUCUGUGAUUUAUGUUAUGUUGACAAUUAACAUCUCAAAUUAGUCGUAAAAUCCCAAGUAAUUUCUA